CUGCGUGAGGAGCGGAGUCAGCCCGAGAGAGGGUCAGGGUGGGGAGGUCUGUGUGAGGAGGGGUGGAAUGGAGUCGACUCUGGAGAGGAUCAGCUGCAGGCAGGCGUUGUUACAGAGAGGAGGGUACCCUGGAGAGAGCUAAUGUGAGGACGGAAUUGAUCUAAGGCAGUCUUUGUGGGAGAUCAUUGAGUGUUCCAUAUAAAUUGUUACCAAGUGUGGUGACUCAUUUGCGGGUUUGGAGGGCAGUUUAAUGUUGGAGAAUCACUGAGUGAGAGGAUUACUUGAAUUAUUAAUUGGCUUCGUUCAUCAGUGAUGGGGGAGGGGGCAGCAGUGUCUUGAGUGGUUGGGGGAGGGUCCAUGGAGAGUCAUUGUUGCAAAUUAGGGAAAGAAGGGAGUAUGAGUGAGUUGGUAGAACAAGGGCUUCAGCCCAAUUCAUCCGUGUCAGAAUAAGGGUCUGUGUGAAGGAUUAAACGCUGCAUUCAGAAAGAAUUUAGGGGUCCACUGUGGAGGGUGAGAAGAAGCUAGUGUUGGUUGCCUGAGGAGUUUUACUGUGUUGAAAAUAUUCCUGCCUGGACUCUGUAUUGAUGUGUCCCCUUCACCACUAAUGGUGCCCUCCAUUAAGUGCAUGGUGUUUAAGGAAAUUAGAGGACUACUGCAAACAGCCCUAAAUUCUAAGGGACCAAGAAGUUACACAGUUUACCCUCUCUUCUGCCCCACCCUCUCUUCUCACCUACUUAUCUUCUCCCCUCCUCCCAUCCUCCCUUUUUUCCGUCAUUUGCAUUGAUUCGGCCUUGGGAGUGAGAUUGCUUUAGCCUAGUGUAGAGUGUGAAGUUUUCUUUUGCAACAAAGUAUUGAAGGAAAGGCGGAUGGGAAGAAGGGCCUGGAAAACAGGGGAAUGGCUCUUGGAAUACCAUAUUAAAUCCCAGCUUCUCUCAAAGGAAUCAACAGCAGCCUUCCAUGAGGAACUGCCUUUUCCACUUGCUGCUGGAGUUAAUGGUGUUUCCUGCUGGCAGAAUCAGGGACAUGCCAGCACUAGCGGGAUGAGUGGGUGCUCCGGCGGGGAUGUGGUCGUUGCCGGCCAGUGAGGGCGAGAGUGCCACGGCCCACUUCUUCCUUGGAGCUGGAGAUGAGGGGCUGGGCACCCGUGGAAUAGGCAUGAGGACAGAAGAGAGUGACAGCGAGCUCCUUGAGGAUGAGGAGGAUGAAGUGCCUCCUGAACCUCAGAUCAUUGUUGGCAUCUGUGCCAUGACCAAGAAAUCCAAGUCCAAGCCAAUGACCCAAAUCCUAGAGCGACUUUGCAGAUUUGACUACCUAACUGUUAUCAUCCUGGGAGAAGACGUGAUCCUCAACGAACCUGUGGAAAACUGGCCAUCUUGCCACUGCCUCAUCUCUUUCCACUCCAAAGGAUUUCCUCUGGACAAAGCUGUUGCUUACUCCAAGCUGCGAAACCCCUUUCUUAUCAAUGACUUGGCUAUGCAGUAUUACAUCCAGGAUAGGAGGGAGGUGUACCGGAUCCUGCAGGAGGAAGGUAUUGAUCUGCCUCGAUAUGCUGUGCUCAAUCGUGACCCUGCCCGGCCUGAGGAGUGCAACCUGAUAGAAGGUGAAGACCAGGUAGAGGUAAAUGGAGCUGUCUUUCCCAAGCCCUUUGUGGAGAAGCCAGUGAGUGCAGAGGACCAUAAUGUUUACAUCUACUACCCCAGUUCAGCCGGAGGAGGAAGUCAGCGCCUCUUCCGAAAGAUUGGCAGCCGAAGCAGUGUUUACUCUCCUGAGAGCAGCGUCCGAAAGACAGGAUCAUACAUCUAUGAGGAGUUUAUGCCAACAGAUGGCACAGAUGUCAAGGUAUAUACAGUGGGGCCAGAUUAUGCCCAUGCUGAAGCCAGAAAAUCUCCAGCUCUCGAUGGGAAGGUCGAACGAGACAGUGAGGGGAAAGAGAUUCGAUAUCCAGUCAUGCUGACUGCCAUGGAAAAGCUGGUGGCCAGGAAAGUCUGUGUAGCUUUUAAGCAAACAGUUUGUGGUUUUGACCUUCUUCGUGCCAAUGGUCACUCCUUUGUGUGUGAUGUCAAUGGCUUCAGUUUUGUCAAGAAUUCGAUGAAAUACUAUGAUGACUGUGCCAAGAUCCUGGGGAACACCAUCAUGCGGGAGCUUGCUCCACAGUUCCAGAUCCCAUGGUCCAUCCCCACAGAGGCUGAGGACAUUCCCAUUGUCCCUACCACAUCUGGCACUAUGAUGGAACUCCGUUGUGUCAUUGCAAUUAUCCGUCAUGGAGAUCGUACUCCCAAGCAGAAAAUGAAGAUGGAGGUGACACAUCCAAGAUUUUUCAGUCUGUUUGAAAAACAUGGUGGCUACAAGACAGGGAAAUUAAAACUGAAGCGGCCUGAGCAGCUACAGGAGGUGCUGGACAUCACAAGGCUGUUACUGGCUGAACUGGAGAAAGAACCAGGUGGUGAGAUCGAGGAGAAGACUGGGAAACUAGAGCAGCUGAAGUCUGUGCUGGAGAUGUAUGGUCAUUUCUCAGGCAUCAACCGGAAGGUGCAGUUGACUUACUACCCUCAUGGAGUAAAAGCUACUAAUGAGGGGCAAGAUCCACAGCGGGAGGCCCUAUCCCCUUCUCUGUUGCUGGUACUGAAGUGGGGUGGAGAACUGACUCCUGAUGGCCGUGUUCAGGCUGAGGAGCUGGGAAGAGCUUUUCGCUGCAUGUACCCUGGAGGACAGGGUGACUAUGCUGGCUUCCCUGGUUGUGGGCUGCUUCGUCUCCAUAGCACUUUCCGCCAUGAUCUCAAGAUCUAUGCCUCUGAUGAGGGCCGUGUCCAGAUGACUGCUGCUGCCUUUGCUAAGGGCCUUCUGGCUCUAGAAGGGGAGCUAACACCCAUUUUGGUACAAAUGGUGAAGAGUGCCAACAUGAAUGGGCUACUGGACAGCGAUGGCGAUUCCUUGAGCAGUUGCCAGCACCGGGUGAAGGCUCGACUGCACCAUAUUUUGCAACAGGAUGCACCCUUUGGUCCUGAGGAUUAUGAUCAGCUCGCUCCCACUGGAAGCACUUCCCUCCUCAACUCCAUGGCUAUUAUCCAGAAUCCUGUAAAGGUCUGUGAUCAGGUAUUUGCCCUGAUUGAAAACCUCACUCAUCAGAUCCGGGAAAGGAUGCAGGACCCCAAGUCUGUAGACCUGCAACUCUACCACAGUGAGACUCUAGAGCUCAUGCUACAGCGUUGGAGCAAGCUGGAGCGUGACUUUCGACAGAAGAGUGGGCGCUAUGAUAUCAGUAAGAUCCCUGACAUCUAUGACUGUGUCAAGUAUGAUGUGCAGCACAAUGGAAGUCUGGGACUUCAAGGCACAGCAGAGUUACUACGUCUCUCUAAGGCCCUGGCUGAUGUGGUCAUUCCCCAGGAAUACGGGAUCAGUCGGGAGGAGAAACUGGAAAUUGCUGUGGGCUUCUGUCUUCCACUGUUGCGGAAGAUACUACUUGACCUGCAGAGAACCCACGAGGAUGAGUCUGUCAACAAGCUGCAUCCCCUGUACUCUCGAGGGGUGCUCUCCCCAGGUCGCCAUGUUCGAACACGUCUCUAUUUCACCAGUGAAAGCCAUGUCCAUUCCCUACUCAGUGUAUUCCGUUAUGGGGGACUUCUUGAUGAGACCCAGGAUGCACAAUGGCAGCGAGCUUUGGCUUAUCUUAGUGCCAUUUCAGAGCUCAACUAUAUGACCCAGAUUGUCAUCAUGCUUUAUGAGGACAACACACGGGAUCCCUUAUCAGAGGAGCGGUUCCAUGUGGAGCUACACUUCAGCCCUGGAGUGAAAGGUGUUGAGGAAGAAGGCAACGCCCCAACUGGCUAUGGAUUCCGUCCAGCUUCUUCUGAGAAUGAAGAGAUGAAAGCAGACCAAGGCAGCAUGGAGAACCUGUGCCCAGGGAAGGCAUCGGAUGAGCCAGACCGGGCAUUGCAGACUUCACCUCAGCCCCCUGAGGGCCCUGGCCUCCCAAGGAGAUCACCCCUCAUUCGUAACCGAAAAGCCGGCUCCAUGGAGGUCAUGAACAUGCAGUGCACGGGGAACCUGGACCUGAUCCCCUUGCGGGGACGGCGCCGCAGGAGGUCAGGAGACCUCCCCCGGCCUUCCCCAGCCAUCGGCCUACAGCCCCGGGCUGUGUCCACCACUCACCUGGCAUCCUGCACACAGGUGCUUUCUGAGACUUCAUCCUCGAGGCCUGGUGGCUACCGGCUGUUUUCAUCUGCACGGCCACCAACGGAGAUGAAGCAGAGUGGCCUAGGCUCACAGUGCACAGGGCUGUUCAGCACCACAGUGCUGGGUGGCUCCUCCAGCGCUCCGAAUCUUCAGGACUACGCCCGCAGCCAUGGCAAAAAGCUACCACCUGCCAGUCUCAAGCACCGAGAUGAGCUCUUGUUUGUCCCGGCCGUAAAACGAUUUUCUGUGUCGUUUGCAAAGCAUCCGACUAACGAGCUGCUGGAUGACCAGCACCCUGUGGUCCGGUUGCUGCGCAGUUUUUCCUCUGACUGUCCAGGGGGCCGGCCAGUCUCCUUGGAUGCCACGCUGGCGCAUCACCUGCACCAGUGCUCCUACCACCUGCGCCUCUUCCGGAACUGGCUGCGCUCAGGCCAGGAUGACCCCGAGUGCCUCUACGGAUUUGAAGGGUGUUCCAUGGUGCCUACCAUAUACCCUCUGGAAACACUGCAUAAUGCCCUUUCCCUGCGUCAAGUGAGUGAAUUCCUGAGUAGCGUCUGCCAGCGCCACACUGAUGCCCAAGCACAGGCAUCUGCAGCCCUCUUUGACUCUAUGCACAGCAACCAGGCCUCAGAUAGCCCAUUUUCCCCACCCCGUACUCUGCAUUCACCUACCCUACAACUCCGGCAGCGCUCUGAGAAGCCCCCUUGGUACAGCAGUGGUCCUUCCAGUACUGUGUCCAGUGCUGGUCCUUCCUCCCCUACUGCAGUGGAUGGUAACUGCCAUUUUGGCUUCAGUGAUCAACCUUCUGUAAGUUCACACAUGAUUGAAGAACAUCAAGGCCUUGGGAUGCUCCCUGGGAAUGGAGAACAAGAGUUCCCUAUUGAAGGGAUGCAAGAGCCUAUUGAACCAAGCCAGUCUUCACAGGAACCACCUGUGGAAACCAGCCAGCCAUGCCAGGAAGUUUCUGAGGAGAUCAGUCAGCCAUGCCAGGAGGUCCCUGACAUCAGCCAGCCAUGCCAAGACAUCCCUGAAGAGUUCAGCCAGCCAUGCCAGGAGGUCCCUGUCAUCAGCCAGCCAUGCCAGAAGGAUCAUGAUAAUGUUAACCAGAUAUGCCAGGAGGUCCCUCAAAUCCACCAGCCAUGCCAGAAGGCGAGCCAACUGUGCCAGAAAAUCUCUGAGGAAGCUUGCCAUCUUUGCCAGGAGAACCCUGAGGAGGUCAGCCGGCCAUGCCAGGAGGUCUCUGUGGAGGUUGGCAGGCUGGCCCAUGGGUUCCCUGUAGGGGUUGGUGGCCUGGUCCAGGAAAUUGGUGUAGAAGUUGGCAAGCCAGCCCAAGAGAUCCCUGAGGAGCUCAGCGAGUCAUGCCAGUUCUUUGUAGAGGUUGGCAGGCUAAUCCAAGAGGCUUCUGCAAUCAAUCUGUUGUCUCAGGACAUUCCUGAGGUAGAUAAACCAUCUCAAGAGUUUCCUGGGGAGGAUGAUCUGCAGGUACAGGAGGUCCCUGAGGUUAAUCAGCAGUCCUGGGUGGUCCCUGAGGUGACUGACCAGCUGCCUGGAGAGGAUAUUCCCCAAGCCCAGUAUCAAUCUAGUGAUCCAAACCCUCAGAGCCAGUCUCUAGCCUGUAACCAGCACUCACCCCUUCCACCAGCAACAUGUGAUUAAUCGUGUUCUCAUUAGUGGUGUCACACUAUACCAGCUAUUUGAGCUAGCAACUUUUUCUGUUGGCUAACUCACCUACCAGUGUAAGACCUUGGAUCUCACCAGAGGUGUCUGAGGAAGCAGUCCUCUUGGCAUGAAGCCAAGAACUGUGCCCGAGCUGGGCUUGGAGGGGAGCCAAUUUCAUGUUCAAAGCAACCAAUGACUCCUCAUAUGGCCAUUAGACUUGAAUAGGAUUUCCAUAAAGGGGUGGGCUGAAGUAUCAUUACCCAACAUCCUCUGAGCAUCCCAAGAAAUUCCAGAUUGUUAAAGGAAAUGCCACUUAACUGCUGAAGACACCAUCCGGGGACAUCAAGUGCAAAAGGGGACUCCCGGGUCUCCGCUUUCUGGGGAAAUAUUCACAACUUCUCAAGGUACCCUUAGACCAUAUGUGCAUUCAGGAAAAUUUUUGUCUUUGCUAGCACUCCUCAGGUGGGCCUAGGAUGGCUGUCUGAAAUGUCUGGGGAGGGGGGCGGAAAGAGAGUCCCUUUCCCAAACAAACAUCCAUUGUGGCCAUUAAUCUUUAGAUUGGGUUUAUGGGUGUUUUAUAUAACAUCGCAAGUUCCCCCUCUGCCCCAGUAGUGUUCCUCUGGGCAAUAGCUCUAGGGAAAAAUAGGUAUUAGAUUGCUGUGAAAAUUUUAAGAGUAACUACUUAAAAUGCCCUGGGGGUUCUUGGCCAAUCUGUGAAGCUGGGUCUCCUUUUGUUGUGGGGCUACUUGGCUUAAGAGAUGCUGUAGCAGAGAAAAUCAGGUUCUAUUUUAAGCAAUCAGCAGAGAUCAAUAUUGUACAGACAUGAGGAAAGAUUAUAUAUAUUUCUGUAGUAGUGCCAGGGACAGACUGGCCAAAGACCAAACACUCCAGGGUCCCCAAGAGGUUUUUCGUUUUAUCGUUAUGUCUUUAGGGUCAGGUGUGAUUAUGAAGCUUUUCCCAAAGAUAUGGGGAUGGGAAUGGGCAUGGGUAGGAGGAAUAAUGCAGUCAUUGCAGUGGGGUGGCCAGAACAUUAUGAGUGCUCAAUAAAUAUGAAAUAAUAAAAAUGUU